AUGUUUGACUUUCUAAAGCGGCCGACGCUCGAGGACGAGCUCUUCAAGAUGAAGUUCACGGCCAAGUCGCUCCUCCGCAACGCUAAGAAGUGCGAUAAGAACCAGACGGCGCAGAAGACGAAGCUCAAGAAGGCCAUCGAGCAGGGCAACAUGGAGGGCGCCAAGAUCUACGCGCAGAACGCGAUCCGCGAGAAGAACCAGGCGCUGAGCUACCUCCAGCUCAGCUCCCGGAUCGACGCGGUCGCGGCGCGCGUCCAGACCGCCAUCUCGAUGGGGAAGCUCAAGCAGAACAUGUCGGGCGUCGUCAAGGGCAUGGACGUGGUCAUGGACUCGAUGAACGUCGAGAAGAUCUCCAAGACGAUGGACCAGUUUGAAAAGCAGUUUGAGGACCUCGACGUGCGCUCCGCCUACAUGGAGGGCGCCAUGAACAGCACCACGGCCGGCGCGACGCCCACCGACCAGGUCGACGACCUCAUCCAGAUGGUCGCGGACGAGAACGGCCUCGUGAUCGCCGGCCAGCUCGACAACGCCGGCGCGGUCGGCCUCGAGACGCACGUGCAGCCGGCGGCCGCUCCCACGUCAACGGCCAACGAUCUCUCGGCGCGCCUCGCGGCCCUCCGCAAGGUCUAA